CUGAACAUCCCCGAACCUCUGUCAGAGCUGGAAAUUCAGCGUGAGCUUGGGGCACUGGCCGGGCGCAACCGUACACUGGGUAGCGGGCCUUCCUUCCUGGGAGCCGGAUCGUACCAUCACUUCAUCCCCGCCAUCGUGAAAUCACUGGUCACCCGCGGCGAGUUCAUCACCGCUUACACCCCUUACCAGGCCGAGGCCAGCCAGGGCACGCUGCAGGUCAUCUACGAGUUCCAGACGCUGAUCUGCAACCUGUACGGGAUGGAGGUCGCCAACGCCGGGAUGUACGACGGCGCGACCAGCCUUGCCGAGGCGGCGCUGAUGGCGUGCCGGGUUACGCGGCGGGAGCGGGUAGCGGUGCUGGACACCGUGUCGCCCGCCUACCGGGCGGUCAUCGAGUCCUACUGCCGUCCGCAGAGCCUCGAGGUGGCGACGGUCAGUGACGCCGCAUCGGGAGUGAAUGACGCAACGGCCUGCCUGGUCACACAGUACCCCAACUUCUACGGCGGAAUCGAAGAUCUGAGGGCGCAGGUGGACACGGCACACAGCGCGGGCGCGCUGUCCGUGGUGUCCUGUGACCCCAUUGCCGUGGGAAUGUUCCAGCCUCCGGGACACUACGGAGCCGACAUCGUAACCGGCGAGGGGCAGCCGCUGGGGAUUCCACCCAGCUACGGCGGGCCGUAUGUGGGGCUGUUCUCGACCAAGCAGGAAUACAUCCGGCAGAUGCCCAGCCGCCUGUCGGGUCGCACCGUGGACCGCAACGGCGAGACUGGCUACGUUCUGACGCUGCAGACACGGGAGCAGCACAUCCGGCGGGAGCGAGCCACUUCCAACAUCUGCACCAACGAGGCCCUGUACGCCCUGGCCGCGACCAUCUACCUAGCCGCGCUCGGCAAGUCGGGCCUGCGGCAGGUGGCCGAGCUGUGCUACCAGAAGUCGCAGUACGCCGUAUCGCAGAUCGCCGCGCUGCCGGGCUACUCCAUCGCCAACAGCGGUCCUCUCUUCCGCGAGUUCGUGGCCCAGUGCCCAGCGCCGCCCGCCCAGAUCAACCGGCAGUUGAUGGAGCAGAACAUCCUAGGCGGCCUGGACGUCAGCGACCGAUACACCAACGGCAUGCUGCUCUGCGUAACCGAGAUGAACACCAAGGACGAGAUCGACAAACUGGCGGCGGCGUUAGCGGGAUAA